AAUGGGAACGGUUCAUUCCUGCACCUGCAGUCGGGGUGUGGCAGCUGAGGAUGCAGAGGAGUCUGGCACUGAGAAUCCUGGAAUGGUUUGGGUGGGAAGGGACCCCAGAGCCCCUCCAGUGCCACCCCUGCCAUGGCAGGGACACCUCCCACUGUCCCAGCCUGCUCCAGCCCCAGUGUCCAGCCUGGCCUGAGACACUCCAGGGAUGCAGGGGCAGCCCCAGCUGCUCUGGCAGUUCCAGCCCAGCCAGGAAUUCCUCAUUGCCCAGAUCCCAUCCAUGCCUGCCCUCUGGCACUGGGAGCCAUUCCCUGGCUCCUGUCCCUCCAUCCUUGUCCCCAGUCCCUCUGCAGCUCUCCUGGAGCCCCUCCAGGCCCUGGCAGGGGCCCUGAGCUCUCCCUGGAUCCUUUUCCUCUCCAGGUGAGCACCCCCAGCUCUCCCAGCCUGGAUCCCUUGGAACUGAGGGGCUCCAGCCCUGGAGCAGCUCCGGGGCCUCCUCUGGGCUCUCUACAGCAGCACAAGGAGCUCCCGGCUGCUCUCCCGGCGCUGUUUCCUCAUUCCCGGUGUGUCCGGGGGCAUCCGAGCGCUCAUUUGGGCUCUCCCGCGCCUGGGGCUGUUCCCUCCCCGCUCCUGGGGCUGGCACGGCGUCGCUGCUCCUCUGGGAAGCUCCUGCUGCUCCUCUGGGAAGCUCCUGCCGCCCCGGCCGGGCCGGUUCCUCCGGCUGCGCCGCGGCCGUGUCCCACAGCUGGGCGUGGAGCGAGCCCGGGCACAGCGGGAGCCGCUUCCAGCUUCCAUUCCAUCCAUCCCGGGCUGCGGCCGGGAAGAGCCGGGAAGGCUCCGGGCUCCGGCCAUGGCCAAAGCACAAGAACAGCCCCCGGCUCUCUCGGAUAUCCAGGUCCUGGUGCUGACGGGCGUCACCCUCCCGGCCGCGCUGCUCAGCCUCCUGGGCAGCGGAUCCGUCCUCGCUGUCACCUCCUGGCAGGGGCGCUGCUGCCACAUCCAGCUGCGCCCCCUGUUCCUCCUGGCCCUGGCAGAUUUCCUGGGUGCCACCGCGCUGCUGGGCACGGGAACCAUCCCGCUGCUGCCAGCCCCGCUCUCCGCGCCCGCCUACGCCGCCUGUCCCUACGGGCGGAUGCUGACCACGACCUCCUACGCCGUCUCGUUCCUCAUGGUCGUUGUUUACGCGUACGAGUCGCACCGCACCGUCCUCGGGGGGCGAGCCCGGCCCCCGGCAGCGCUGCAGGAGCGGAGCCGCUGCCUGGAGAGCGCCUGGCGGGGAAUUCCCUACGUGCUGGCCUGGCUGGUGCCCGCGCUGACGCUCCUGGCGCAGCUGCUCGCCCGCGGCACCUCCGCCGCCGACAUCGCGCCCGCGGUGCCCUGGGCCGGCUCCAACGACACCUUCAGCCUUUACUGCUCCAGCUGUCUCCUCCUGAUCCAUCCGAGCCAGGACAUCUGCUCCCAGUCCGGCGGGGGCAAAAACGCGGGGCUGGAGGAGAAAAUCAUCUUCCUGCUGUACCUGCUGCUGGUGCUCGGCUGCUGCUCGCUCCUGUACCGGCGGGUGCGGCUCCGCUGCCGGGGGAACGCGGCGCUGCCGCUGCUCGGCCUGGACCGGGACGGCGGCUUCGGGGGCAGGAGCGGCCGCAGCGUCCGCAAAGCCUCGCUGUAUUUCCAGCUGGUUUUCCUGCUCUGCUGGACGCCAGCCUUCCUCCUCACCGUCCUCUCCUUCACCAGCAUCAGCCCUGCCUCGCUCUUUGUGCUCUACGUGUCCGCAGCCCUGAGUGUGUCCCUGCAGGGCUUCCUGCACAGUCUGGUCUACGGCUGGAUGAGGGAGAACUUCCGACGGGAGGUGCUGGCCCGGAGCCUCUCCCUGCAGAGCCCCGAAGGGGUCAAGGCUUUCUACGACGACUCCCUGGGGGCUGCUUCCUGAGCUCCCACCUCAUCCCGUUCCCUGGGGGCUGCUCCCACCUCAUCCCAUUCCCUGGGGGCUGCUUCCUGAGCUCCCACCUCAUCCCGUUCCCUGGGGGCUGCUCCCUGGACUCCCACCUCAUCCCACUCCCUGGGGGCUGCUUCCUGAGCUCCCACCUCAUCCCAUUCCCUGGGGGCUGCUCCCACCUCAUCCCAUUCCCUGGGGGCUGCUCCCACCUCAUCCCAUUCCCUGGGGGCUGCUCCCACCUCAUCCCAUUCCCUGGGGGCUGCUCCCACCUCAUCCCGUUCCCUGGGGGCUGCUCCCUGGGCUCCCACCUCAUCCCAUUCCCUGGGGGCUGCUCCCACCUCAUCCCAUUCCCUGGGGGCUGCUCCCACCUCAUCCCAUUCCUUGGGGGCUGUUCCCUGGGCUCCCACCUCAUCCCAUUCCCUGGGUGCAGCCCAAAGCCCCGGCAGGAUUUGCACAUUCCCAGCAGCUCAGGGAAUCCUGGAAUGGCUGGGUGGGAAGGGACCUCGGAGCCCCUCCAGUGCCACCUCCCACGGCUCCCGGUGUCCUGGCAGGGUCCCCUGGAUGCAGCCCCUCGUGCCUGGAGCGGUUUGGGGAGGGCACAGGUGGGGCUGGGCAGGUCCCACAGCACUGGAGGCACCUGCGGCCCCUCCCUGCUGGAGACCUCCCACCUUCCACAGACCCACAGGGAUGGAGCACAGAAUCCUGGAACCACUGAGGCUGGGGUGGCACUGGAGGGGCUCCGAGGUCUCUUCCCACCCAAACCAUUCAGACUCUGGGACAUUGGGCUUGCAGGAGAUGGGGUCUGGCCUCCUUGGGAGGAAUGCAAGGCUAAGAGUAUAUCCCUGAGGGAGAACUCCUGAAGGAGGAAGUUCGGGCUGUUGAGGAACAGCUACUAGAGAUGGUGGAGUCCCCACUCCAGGAGGGAUUCCAAAGCCUGUGGAUGUGGCACUUGGGGACACAGUCAGUGGUGGCCUUGGCAAUGCUGGGAAUGGUUGGACUCGAUGGGUUCCAAGGUUUUUCCAACCCAAAUGCCUCUGUGAUUCCGUGAUUCCAUGUCUUGGGAAGGGCACGGGGACACACAGCCACCCACAGGUGCUGUGAACCCUCUGGAAAACCAGGGUGGCCACGAGUGACCAAGAGCAGGGACAACCAUUCCCAACCCAAUAAACCUCCCCAGCCUCCAAACCAGGA